UCGCAGUUCAGUUGGUUGAGCAGUUAGAUCGGAGCUGUAGGAUUUAAGACUAAUGAAACAUGGCGAAUUGGGAAAAAAAAUCUCAACAACUUAAACUGUUGACCAGUGAGAUGGUGUCCCGAUUGGCGUUGUUAUCAUUAUUUUUGGUUAGUGUCAAUGCAUCAUUGGCAGAUCCUAUAAAUAUAUUACCAACAUUACCAAAUACAAUGAUAAAAUCUGAAAAUUUAAAAUGUCAAGAAGAUAGUUUAAAUUUACAUUUGGGUCUGAAAAAUAUGACACUGUGGGCUCAACAAAUGUGGGAUGCAUCAGCAAAACAAGCAGUGGGUUUAUUGUCCGGAAAUAGAUAUCAGCUAGGUGACUUUGACGAGUGCCUACAGGUUGCUAAACCGAUUAAAGCCCAAUAUUGUCUUGUUGACAUUAAACUCGAUGUGCCGUCUCAAUAUUCCUACGUUGACCCAUUCGCUAGAGAAUACGAUCCAUUGUUACCGGCUUGGCACAAAAUUUAUUAUGGUGGGGCAAGGUUCAAGCAGCGUUUGGAUAAGAUUAAAUGGGCAUUGUGCGUACCUGCAUCAUGUUCAGCGAUGGAUGUUCAAUCUUAUCUAAGAUCCUAUAUCAAAGAGAAUAGGCUGGACGUUAUUGAAAAUGUGUCAGUUUAUGAUAAUAUGUGUACUCAAGCGCAGCGUCCAGGCGAUGCAUAUACUACAUAUGACAUAGCAUUUAUAUUACUCAUUGCUACAUUGUUAUCUCUCACUAUAGCUGCUACAGUUUUUGAUUAUAUAGUGUACCCAACAACUAAUGUAUGGAAAUGGAAUAGAGAAUCUAAGUCCGUAGAUUUGAUUAUGUGUUUCUCCAGUAGACGAGCAAUGCAGAGUUUGAAAAAUAAAAACUGCGUAGUCAGAGGAUUGGAUCUUACUCCUUUGUGUGGAACCACAACUAUAUCAAUGGUUCUUAUCAUAAUCGGACACAGAUGGGGUUUUCGAUUACCGGGUCCUUUACAAAACUACGAAGUUAAUGAACAAGUGUUCUAUAAUUACUUCAUUUCAAUAUUUACUUCUCACAUGGACUUGUUGGUGGAUACGUUUUUCGCCGUGAGCGGUGCAUUGAUGAUCCUCAUUUUACUCGACCGUCUUGAAACUUCAUUCAUCAAUCCCUUUAAAGUAUUGGUGUUCAAGUACUUCAGAUUAACGCCUGUUUACGCAGUGAUUAUAUUCUUUUUUGCCACACUUCAGUAUAAAAUGGGGUCUGGUCCUCUGUGGGAAGUUUUCAUCGGCACAGACAAAAGAAAUUGUCAACAAACGUGGUGGUUAAGCUUGUUAUAUCUGAAUAAUUACGUCGAGACUGAUAAAACAUGCGGAUACCAUACGUGGUUCAUGCCAUGCGAAUUUCACUUCACGAUAAUUGGUAUUGGAUUAGCGUACACACUGCAUAAAAAUCCUAGGAUCGGAAUGUAUUUAACUUCAACCCUUAUGGCUAUUUCUGUUGCUAUACCAUUUGCGCUCACGUAUAUAGGUCAAAAACCUGCAAAUAUUCAAUUUAACAUGGAUUUCACUACAAAUCCAACAAAUGAUGAUUACUUUAUGACAAUAUACAUAAAAUCACAUACUCGUGCUGGACCUUACAUAGUUGGUGCUUUAUUCGGUUAUCUAUUAUACAGAAGAAAAAAGAGCACAAAUAAAUUGAACAUGACGCACACCAGGAUUUUAUUGAUAAUUUCUACUUUAAUAUGUAUGGCUUCUUGGUUCAGUGGAGCAUUAAUAUAUCAUCCUUCUUAUGUUUACGAUCCUUUGCAAGCCGCUCUUUAUGGAUCAACCAUAAGAAGUCUUUGGGCUGCUGGUCUAGUAAUUGGGCUAUACGCGCUUAUAGUUGGUCCACCGAAUUUUGUGAAGAACAUGUUGUCGUGGAAACCGUUCAUACCGUUAGCCAGCUUAAAUUUCAACGCUUACAUGGUGAACACUAUACUCCCAGUUGCCGACACAGCCAGCCGGCGAACUCCGGACCAUUUCGACAUCAGGAACUUCGUAACCGAUGCGAUUUCCGAUACUGUAAUGUGUUUGAUAGCUGGAUUGUUCCUUUAUGUACUAGUGGAGCGGCCGUUCAGGCUUCUAAUAACCCAGAUGUUCGCUUCAAAAUUAACUACAAAUCAAAAAAACAGUGAUUUUAUUCCUCAAUCGUUAGAAUCAGAUCAAGAUUUUGACAAAGUCCUACCAUUACAUCGUUAAACAUCAAACUCAACCAUGUAUUAUUUAUUAAUUUAUGAUUAUUUUCGCACCUUAAAGUAUUGUGUAUUUAUAACAUUAUGUAUUUAAUUAUUUGUAUUUAUGCUAAACUGUAGCAUAUUUAUUUAUAAAAAUAUUUGUCUACAAUAAACUUAGCAGUAACAUUCCAUA